CAUUAGUGUAUAUAUUUUUACAACGCAAUAAAAAAAAUAAACAAGGGAGUACGUACUUUUUUGUGAGGCUUUUUCGAGGCACAAUUGAAAUUCAAGCCAACUAUAUACAUACGUAAAUAAUGCUGAAAAUUCUAUGGUGAAUUCUCGAGUGGAGACAACGUGAAACGCCUAAAUAUACCAAUGAGCACAGUUUUUAUAAGUAGCAAUAGUUUUCAUUGACUUAUCAAGGAUAUAAAAAAGGAUUUAAAAUGGCAGCGGAAGGUUUACGUCAGUGUCUACUGCUGUGGAGCGUCGACUAUUGGAAUCUAGAAGUUAUGGCUGACAGUGUUUUCAAGUCGCGUGACAUUGGCUUGCGUGCCCAGAAGAAGAUCCUCUCGCGCAUGGCCACCAAGAAUAUAGCGAAAACAUUUAUUGAUGGCACAACCGCAUCGCUGCUUGAUAAUUUAUAUCGCCUUUGUAAAAUGCAUACGGGUAACAAAGUCAAAGCGGAGAAGCUGAUAAAGAAUAUAAUUAAAAUCGUUAUCAAAAUUGGUGUCCUACAUCGAAAUAAUCAAUUCAGCACCGACGAACUGAAGGACGCGGAAGUAUUUAAGCGGAAGUUUCAAAAUACCCAACUCUCGGUGAUUUCCUUCUACGAAGUGGAUUACAGCUUCGAUCUGCCGUAUCUGCAAAAAUCCAUUGCCGAAUCACAUGCCGCCCUCAAGUCAAUUGUUCAACGCCACCUCACCGACAAGUCUUUAAAUCGCAUCGAUGAAGUAUUUGAUUUUUUUGGUGAUGCUUCACUCCUUGAAACCGCCUUCAAACCCGAUUCGCCAUAUCGUGAAUUAAUGGGAAAAAUCGUCAGCGAUAUUAAUACUGCCAUGGAAACAGGAGAUAUACUCAUCACAUCUCUCGUCCAAAGGACUGCAAAGUACAGAAAAGUCCGAAAUAUAGUGAAAGGCUUAAAUGAUAUCUAGGUCAUUAGAGAAUUGCAACAACAAACCAAAAAUAAAGUAAUGUAAUAAAUUAAAGAACUUUUAUCGAAUACGCUUGUUUUAAUUUAUAUGUAUGUAAUAAAAUAAAAAGAAACCUGUCGAUCGAUGAUGAUAACGGCAAAAUAAUGAAAUGCGCACUGUUGUAUUGUGACGUGUUUGAUGAUGGCGUUCAUGACGAUAAUGGUGAUGGUGUAGAUGUCGCAUGAUUGUGCUAAUAAUGCACGUACAUACAUUGUACUUUUGAUGCUAUUGUCUAAGCAUUCUAAUGUUAACGUCGUUAUUGAUAAUGACCAAUGAUAGCACUGACGAUAAUAUUUAUUAUAUAGAACUAGCAAAUCUGACAAUUGAAUUUUUUAUCGAUUGUUUUUCUAUAGUGAUAUUAAGUAAAAAAAAAUAUAUAGAAGCACAGAAACUCUUACAAGCAAAGAAUUUGCGGCAGUGCUGAACAAGAAACAAAUAAAAUGAAUGUAAAUGAAAAGAAAGUGAGAGAUACAUAUGUACAUUAGGGUGGUCUUUAAAAAAUCAAAUGUACGAUUUUUUCCAGUCUCAUCCCUUCAAUCGGUAAUAGCACACUGUCACAUGUCACAGAUAUCACUAUAAAUUUUGGUACCGAUUGGAGACGGUUGAGGCGUGUCGCACAGGGCGCAAAGUGCAGACUCCUAUAUAGAGACUCGAAAAAUUUAAAUUAUUUUUUUUUUUUAUCUACUACCCAAAAAGGGGGUAAAGGGGUCAAAGGCCAGAUGCCUCUAUGGACUCAAAACAUUAAAAAUAUUUUUUGUAACUCAAUACCCAAAAUCGAUACUACUAAAGUCGAGGAUAUCACAUUUAAAUUUUGGUCCCGAUUGGAGUCGGUUAAGCCGUCUUCAAAGGGUAAUCUGAAGUUUGACCCCUGUGCGACACGCCUUAACCGACUCCAAUCGGGACCAAAAUUUUGUACGUGAUAUCUGCGACUACGGUA